AUGGAACCCAAUGAAGCCUCUCCUGAAGUGCCACACAAAAAACAGCGGACCGGUGAUGCCAUCUUGUGCCUACUUGGGGAUAUGAAAGGCUCAUUUAAUGAUGCUUUGAAGUCACUUGAGCCUUUACCUCUGCCCCAAGUUACACCUCCUGCUGAAAUCCUCGCGACACUUGAGAUGAUCCCUGAUUUGGCUCGUGGUGACAUAUUGCGAUCUUAUGGUAAGUUGAUCCUUAGCGAACGCUUGUACCAAGCACUUCUUGAGCUUCCCAUGAACUUCAGGAAGGAAUGGUUGUUGAUGUUGGAAUAG